CUAGUCUGCAAGUCAUGGGCUCUCCGUCGAUUUUCCCUCCAGCCUGUCCAGCAGAAGAAGAUCCCAAACCGGUACUUGGGUCAGCCCAGCCCCUUCACACACCCGCACCUUCUCAAACCAGGAGAAGUAACCCCGGGAUUGUCCCAGGUGGAAUAUGCUCUUCGCCGGCACAAACUCAUGUCACUGAUCCAAAAGGAGGCCCACGGCCAGGACGGGCUGGACCACACCGUCAUUCUGCUUUCCAACCCUACAUACUACAUGAGCAACGAUAUCCCCUACAUUUUCCACCAGGACACGAACUUCCUGUACCUGUGCGGCUUCCAGGAGCCUGACAGCAUCCUGGUGCUGCAGAGCAUCCCCGGCAAAGCGCUGCCCUCCCACAAGGCCAUCCUCUUUGUGCCCUCCAGAGAUCCGAGCCGGGAGCUGUGGGACGGGCCCCGGUCAGGCCCGGAUGGGGCAGUUGCUCUCACAGGAGUGGAUGAGGCUUACACUGUGGAGGAGUUCAGGCACUUGGUAACCAAACUGAAAGGUGAGUCGAACAUGAUUUGGUACGACUUGGCCAAGCCAGUGCAUACACAGCUACACUCUGACUACCUGCAGCCCUUGGCUGAGAUGAAGGCUCGGAGCCAAAACCACAUCCAGGGCGUCCGACGCCUUGUKCAGAACCUUCGACUGAUCAAAUCUCCUGCAGAGAUUGAAAGGAUGAAGAUUGCAGGGCAGGUGACAGCAGAGGCUCUCAUAGAGACAAUGUUUGCCAGCAAAUCCCCAGUGGAUGAAGCUUUCCUCUAUGCAAAGUUUGAAUUCGAGUGCCGGGCUCGCGGUGCUGACAUCUUGGCCUACCCKCCUGUUGUCGCUGGUGGCAAUAGAUCCAACACUUUGCACUAUGUGAAGAACAACCAGCUCAUCAAGGAUGGUGAACUGGUCUUGCUGGAUGGUGGAUGUGAGUCUUCGUGCUACGUAAGUGACAUCACACGUACGUGGCCCAUCAAUGGAAGAUUCACUGAACCCCAAGCCGAACUAUACCAGGCUGUCCUGGAUAUCCAGAAGUCUUGCCUGAGCCUCUGCUCCCCAGGCGUCAGUCUAGAGAAUAUCUACAGCCUCAUGCUGAGCCUUGUUGGACAGAAACUGAAAGAGCUGGGAAUCCUCAAGAGCAGCAUCACUGACAGCCACUUCUUCAGGGCCGUUCGAAAGUACUGCCCGCACCAUGUGGGCCAUUACUUGGGCAUGGAUGUUCAUGAUACCCCGGAUAUAUCCCGAUCACUGCCCYUGCAGCCGGGCAUGGUGAUCACCAUUGAACCAGGCCUCUACAUCCCUGAGGAUGAUGCGAGUGCCCCAGCGAGGUUCCGCGGCAUCGGCGUGCGCAUUGAGGACGACGUCGUGAUAACGGAGGACGCGCCCCUCGUCUUGUCUGCUGACUGCCCCAAGGAGCUCGAGCACAUCGAGCACAUCUGUGGCCGCAGCUCGUGACACCUCCGCUUGCCUCUCGCACCCACCUCAGGAGACGCGGCCCCCUCUGACCGACUCACUGUGACUGSUCAGGCUGUGGGUGCUGCCGACUGCUGGCUGCUGACUUGAAACUGUGGGGCUCAGGAGGGGUAUGGAAAUAGCUGAGGCAAUGAGGACUGAAAAGCAAAGCAAGCCUUUGUAUGAGCGACUUCGCUCUGGUUUGGUUAGGGCUGGUGCUGCGCUGCUGUAGAAGGUGGAGAGGGAUUUGUUGCCCUUCUGUGUGGAUCUACCUGCUUCGGUGCCCUCAGAGAGAUGCGUUUUGUUGGUGCCACCAGCAGAGCCUAGACCCUCUACACAUCUGUGGGUGCUGCUGCUGAGAGCCUGAGCCUUGUUGUGAACUCUUUAGCACUAGUUACACAGUGGUCAGAUUUUAAAAGUGCAGCUUUGACAAAAUGCUGUUUUUGACAAAGUUGUGCCAGAUGCCUUUCGCCUYUACAGGACUUUGGGAGGAGGGCAUUUGACAGGAAGAUGGGUCCCAAAGGGAGUGAGUUUAACUGAAGUCUGUGUAGAAAAGAUUUGAGGCAUUCUGAGCGUGAACGUGUCUUUGGGCCUUGUUCAAGCUGGUGCCCAAUAGUGCAACAGCAGGGGAUAAAAAAGCCUCAUCUGGUCUUCCAGCAUAUUGGAGGGCUUGGUAAUUGCAGAAGAGACUGAUAGAGCUCAGGAGGACACAGCCAUUCUCUGCCUUCCACAUCCCUUCAUUUUGUCCCAAAUCUCUGUUGUGGUCUCCUGCUCUGAGCCCCCCUCUCCUGUGGGAAGCAGGGCCCUGCUCGCUACACUGGGCUUCCUUGGGGAGCUCCUGGUUGUUGCCUGCACCUGAGUUGUCCCAGAAGGGCCCAACACCUUUCUGCUUUUCCCGUAGCUGCCCAUAGGUUGAUCCGUGCUUUGCUGACGAGCUUGCGGUGUGGUGAGUUGGAGGUCUUUGUAUGGCUUUUGUGGAGUAGUUUUCCUUUCCAGAAGGCUGCGGUCAUGAGCACAGCUGCCUUUCGGGCUGUGCCAAGUGCAGGCAGUAACUAAUGCUCUGUGAUAAUAUUUUUGAGGAAGCUGCAAAUAUAAUUAGUGGCUGGUAUGGAUAGGAGCAGAGCUGGGUCCCAACAAACAGCAGCCUGCCACCCAAGCCAUUGUAUGCAGAGGUGCAUAUACUUUCUAGGUCAAAUAUGWUCAAAUAUGAUGAAUACUGUGAGGGUAUUUUGAUAAUUUUUAUUUUAACACUUGAAAAAACAAUGCCUCUAAAUAGUGCCCCUCCUGUUAUUUAUGCUUGCUUUUGCUUCUUAUCUGUUUUUCCUCUCCAAUUGCAAGUUCCAGGUUUAUUCUCAGUUAUUGCUGUUUUUUUUUUUUUUCUUAUUACUACCUAUGUUGUCCAUUUUUGGUCCACCAUUAGGUCAGUGCUUCCUGAUCCCUGAUCUUCUUGCUGGUCAGUGUCCUUUCCUCUCCCCAUCUACUCCAGUCCCUCGCGGUGGAUGUUGUCAGACCACACGGACAAGGUAGUCAGAGUUCCCAAGUUCCCACUCCUGGCUCUGGUGCCGACUCUGUAACCUCCAGCAAAAUCUGAUUUUCCKAUUUUAAUUUUUUUACUCAGACAUACGCUGCACUCUGGGUGUCAUGCAUCUCCCAUGGUUUUUAAUGGGAGAUAGAUGCAUGUACCAGGGUGUGAAUUUGGCACUUGAAAGGCAGCCAAGACAUGCUAAUAUUUUUUUUUAAGCAUAAUAAACAUUAAAUGCUUUUACAGAGUUUAAUGUAUCGGUUUGUGCGUGACUAAGAGAAUCUGCUCUUUUUUUGAUGGAAGUCUUUGUUAGAUGUUCAUGUGUUACGGUGCCAAGUACAGCGUAAACUUGGAAGGAAGGCUCWUUAAGUAUGAACACCCAGAAACGAUUAUUUUUGAUGUUUUUUGAGUCUGUAGCACAUUGUUGUUCCAGUUACAAAUACUAGAGCCAUAUCAGCA